AGGCAGGCGCCGGGGGGACGAAGGGGGGGAAGCGGCAAGAAACUGGCAGGGAUGCCAAACCCGGACCACCCGGGGAGCGACGGGGGCGAAACGGCGGAAAAAACGGCAGGGCUGCCCACCCGGACCAGCGCCGGUCAGCACGGGCUAAGCGGCGGAAAACAACUUGGCAGGCAGGCCACACACGGGCAGGCCCGGGGGCGAACGGGGUGAACCCCACUAAAGAACGGGCCAGGGCAGGGCACACACGGGGAAGCGCAAUCGCCGGGGGCGAGGGCCCGGGGGGAAGCGACUGGUCGAGAAACGGUAGGCAGGGGCAGGCGCCACACACGGCGCGGGGGGCUCCGCGGUCGAGCUACGGGCGGGCUAAGCUCGGGAGAGAACGGCCAGGGCAGGCCACACACUGGAGCGCACGCGGGCCGGGGGAGCGACGGGGCGAAGCUGGCGGAGAACGGGCAUGGCAGGCACACACGGGCGCCAGGCGCCGGGGGGGCGCGACUGGGGGAAGCGGCGGAAGAAACGGGCAGGGCAGGCCACACAGAGCGUCGUGGCGCCGGGGGAGCGACGGGGGGGUCGGCGGAAGAACUGGCAGGGCAGUGCCAACCAUAGCGGAUCGGCAGCCGGGGGGAGCGACGGGGCCGACAAGCGGCGGAAAAACGGGCAGGGCAGGCCACACAGGGGAUCGCAGGCGCCGGGGCAGCGACACGGGGCAAGCGGCGGGAGACACUGGCAGGGCAUGCCACACAACGGAGCGCAGGCGCCGGGGGGAUCACGGGCAAUGCGGCUCAAGAAGCGGGCAGGGCAGGGGCACACGGCGCAGCGCCUGGGGGCUACGGGCACAACGGCGUCGAAACGGGCAGGCGGGCACCCCGGGGACGGCAGGCGUCCGAGGGAGCGCUGGGGAUAAGCGUCUGGAGAACUGGCAGGGGCAGCCCCCACCCACAAACGAGGCUCAGCGCAGGCCACCUAGGGGAUCUACGGGGCGAAUCGGCGGAAGGAAACGGGCGGGCAUGCCACACCCUGAGCGCAGGCGCCGGGGGAGACGACGGGGGAAUCGAGCGCGGAAGAACGUGCAGGCCAGGCCCACACGGAGCUGGAGCGCAACGCGGGAGAGCGACUGUGCGAGCGGCGGAAUUAACGGGCAGGGCAGGCCAAACACGGAGCUCAGGCGCCGGGGUCGAUGCGACGGGGGGCUAAGCGGCGGAGAAACGGGCAGGGCAGGCCACACACGGAGCGCAGCGCCGGGGGAGCCGACGGGGGAAGCUGCGGAAGAAACGGGCAGGGCAGCCACACACGGAGCGGGGCGCCUGGGGAGGUCUCGGGGGGGGCAAUAA